AUGUCGACAUCCUCGAUUGUGCAGCAGUUCGUCAACGGACUCAAAUCACGCAAUCGCAAUGUGCAAAACAAGGCGGCACAGGACCUGUUCCUAUAUGUCAAAACAGAGCUGCGCGAGAUGUCGCAAGAGGAGCUGGUGCAAUUCUUUGACGACUUCGAUCAUCACAUCUUCAACAUGGUCAAUGCGGCGGACAUCAAUGAGAAGAAGGGUGGCGCCCUGGCUAUGAAGUGUCUCAUAAGCGGUGACGCGUUGAUCACGCGCAAAGGCAUCUCGCCGUACCUUAAUCGGCUGCGCGAUCUGCUGCUUAUCAAUGAUGUGUCCGUCAUGGAAAUUGCGGCACGUUCCCUGGUCAAGCUGGCCAAUAUGCCCGGCUCGAAGGGCGCGGAAUCUUUUGACUUCGACAUCAAAAAGGCCUUUGAAAUGCUCAGCGGUGACCGACAAGAGUAUCGCCGUCACGCGGCCGUCUUUAUUCUACGUGAGCUGGCAAUUGCCUUGCCCACAUAUUUCUAUCAGCAAAUUCUUACGUUUUUCGAGCACAUCUUUAAUGCCAUCUUUGAUCCGAAGCCAGCGAUACGCGAAUCUGCCGGCGAGGCCCUGCGCGCCGCACUCAUCGUGACCGCCCAGCGUGAGAGCACAAAACAAUCCAGUGAGCCGCAGUGGUAUAAGAUUUGCUAUGAAGAGGCCAGCAACAGCUUCAGCAGCGAUGUGCUCACGGGCAAGGAGCAAAAGGGCAUGACUCGCGACGAUCGCAUACACGGCGGCCUCAUUGUCUUCAAUGAGCUCUUUCGUUGCGCCAAUGCGCAUUGGGAGCGCCGAUAUACAACGCUUAAGAUGCUUUUUCCCAAGUCGCAGCACAAUAAAUUUCUGGAAGCGGCCAACUCCUCAUCAGUUGGCAAUCAACUGACCACCAUUGUGCCACGCCUCAAGGUGCCUUUCGUUGACAAACUGGGCAGCACACAGAUGCAAAUGGAGGGCGAGCAGCACAAUGCGACAGGCAACAAGCUGACGAGUCACAACGUACUGGAGUCCGCCUACGCUCACGAGAUACUUAAAGAGCACUUCAUAAUCAUAUGCGACAAUGUGCUGGAGCAGCGUACCUCAAAGUCUCCAUAUGUGCAGCAGGCGUUGCUGCAGAUCUUGCCCCGUCUGGCUGCCUUUAAUCGCGAGGUGUUUGUGGCGCAAUAUCUGAAAACUUGUGUGGCCCAUUUAAUGUCAAUAUUGCGAGGCAAGGAAAAGGAUCGCAAUGUGGCGUACAUCACCAUCGGCUACAUAGCCGUGGCCGUGGAGAGCGAUAUAGAGAAACAUCUGAAGCAUAUUAUGGGCAGCAUUAAGCAGGCGCUGCCCGCCAAGGAUUUGGCCAGUAAACGCAAACCGCCCGUCGAUGCGGCGGUCUUUGCCUGCAUCACGCUGCUGGCGCAUGCGGUCAAGUCUCAAAUCGCGGACGAUGUGCGUGAAAUUCUCGAGCAAAUGUUUCACACAGGCCUCUCGCCAGCGCUGACCGUUUGUCUGCGCGAACUGGCCGAGAAUGUGCCGCAGCUGAAGUCAGCUAUUACGGAUGGCCUGAUUGGCAUUCUCUUCCAGGUGCUUAUGAAUAAGCCGGCGACCAUACCAUAUGCCACAAUGCCGCCCAUCAGCAUUGAUGCCUCGAUGCUGCUCCAGAGUGCCGAUAGCCCCACAAUUGUGUUGGCUCUAAGGACAUUGGGCACCUUUAAUUUCGAGGAACAGAACAUGCUCGACUUUGUGCAGCGCUGCGCGGAUUACUUUAUUGUGCACGAGCAUCAGGAAAUACGCCUGGAAGCGGUGCAAACCUGUACGCGUCUGCUCAAGCUGGCCGUGCAGUCGUCGGACAGCAUGGAGAACUCCAAGACGUUGAGCGACACGGUCUCGCAUGUGAUUGAGCGUCUGCUGUCGGUGGCCAUCACCGACAUGGAUUACAAUGUGCGCAUUCGCAUACUUCGCUCCCUGGACGAAACUUUUGAUGCCAAGCUGGCGCAGCCGGAGUCGCUAAAUGCUCUUUUCAUAACUUUGCAUGAUGAGAUCUUCGAGAUACGCGAACUUGCAAUGGUCACCAUCGGGCGGCUGUCCUCCAUGAAUCCUGCCUAUGUUAUGCCAAAGCUGCGCACCACCAUGAUUGAGCUGCUCACGGACUUGAAGUACUCGGGCAUGAGUCGCAACAAGGAGCAAAGCGCACGUAUGCUGGAUCAUCUAGUCAUUAGCACGCCGCGUCUUAUUUCAUCCUAUAUGAAUCCAAUACUAAAAGCGCUCGUGCCCAAGCUACACGAGCCAGAGUCUAAUCCUGGCGUGGUGCUCAAUGUGCUGCGCACCAUUGGCGAUCUGGCCGAGGUCAAUGGCGGCUCCAACGAAAUGGAGCUGUGGGCAGAUGAGCUGCUCUCCAUACUGCUCGAGAUGCUGGGCGAUGCCGGCAGCCCGGACAAGCGUGGCGUUGCACUCUGGACACUCGGCCAGCUGAUAAGCGCCACAGGGCGUGUAGUUAGCCCCUACCACAAAUAUCCAGUGCUAAUCGAUAUACUGAUUAAUUUCCUAAAGACCGAGCAGCGUCGCUCCAUACGCCGCGAAACGAUACGCGUGCUGGGCCUGCUUGGCGCAAUGGAUCCGUACAAGCAUAAAAUGAAUAAGGGCCUGAUUGAUAGCCAAAAGGAUAAUGUGCUAAUUGCCUACUCGGAUGGCAAGGCGGACGAGAGCCAGGACAUUUCCACGGCCGAGCUGCUUGUGAACAUGGGCUCCCACGCGCUGGAUGAGUAUUAUCCCGCUGUGGCCAUUGCGGCGCUCAUGCGCAUCCUCCGCGAUCCAACACUGAGCACACGUCACACCAGCGUCGUGCAGGCUGUCACCUUCAUCUUUCACACGCUGGGCAUCAAGUGCGUGCCGUAUCUGGCACAGGUGCUGCCCAAUCUGCUGGACAAUGUGCGCACCGCGGACAAUAAUCUGCGUGAGUUCCUCUUCCAGCAGCUGGCCAUUCUGGUGGCCUUUGUCAAGCUGCACAUCAUCAGCUAUAUGGACGAUAUCUUCAAGCUGAUCAAGGAAUUCUGGACCAUCAAUACGCCGCUUCACUCCACGCUCAUCAAUCUGAUCGAACAGAUUGCCGUUGCCCUGGGCUGCGAGUUUCGGGAUUAUCUGGCGCAGCUCAUACCGCAAAUUCUGCGUGUGCUGCAGCACGACAACUCCAAGGAUCGGAUGGUUACACGGCGACUGCUGCAGGCGCUGCAGAAAUUUGGCAGCACCCUGGGCUACUAUUUGCCACUGAUUGUGCCGCCCAUUGUCAAGUUCUUUGACUCGCCCUAUGUGCCUCAGCAGGUUUCCCUGGUGGCGCUGGAGACGAUCAACAGUUUGGCUGGCCAGCUGGAUUUUACGGACUUCUCCUCGCGCAUUAUACAUCCAUUGGUGCGUGUACUGGAAACGGAGCCGGAGCUGCGCGAACAGGCAAUGACCACGCUGCGCUCCCUGGUCAAGCAGCUGGGCAAAAAGUAUCUGGUGUUUGUGCCCAUGGUGCAGCGCACCAUCAACAAGCAUCGCAUCGUGGAUGCCGAAUACGAGAAGCUGCGCGACCACAUUCAAUCUAACAGCACCUUGGCGGAUGGCUGCGGCAUUGGCUUUGGCAUUGGCGGCGACUUCGGGCAGCGCCAGGCAAAGCCCAAAUACAAUGAGCCCUUUGUGCUGGACAGCAACAGCAGCAGCAAGAAUCUGAAGGUGUCAACGAAUGCGUUGCGGACAGCCUGGCAGGUGACGCGGCGCGUGUCCAAGGAUGACUGGGUGGAGUGGCUGAAGCGUCUGUCCAUAGGCUUGCUCAAGGAGUCGCCAUCGCAUGCCUUGCGCGCCUGCUGUGUGCUGGCCCAGGAUUAUGAUACGCUGUUGCGGGAUUUGUUUAAUGCGGCCUUUAUCUCAUGCUGGACUGAACUCUCGCCUGAGCAUAGGCACGAGCUAACCCAGUCAUUGAUACAGGCGCUGCAGGUCACGGACAUGCCCGAGAUCACACAAACCAUACUCAAUCUGGCCGAGUUUAUGGAGCACUGCGAUCGUGAUCCCAUACCCAUUGAGACACAGUUGCUUGGCACACAUGCCAUGGCGUGUCGAGCGUAUGCCAAGGCAUUGCGCUACAAGGAGGAGGAGUUUGUGCCGCGCCAGGAGGCGCAUGUCUUUGAGUCGCUCAUCCAUAUUAACAACAAGCUGCAGCAGCGCGAAGCCGCCGAAGGUCUGCUCACCACCUACCGGAAUACGGCGAGCGAGGGUAGCGUCCACGGACGCUGGUACGAGAAGCUGCACAACUGGGAUCAGGCACUGCAUCACUAUCAGCUCAAUCUGAAUGCUGAUCCCAAUGAUCUGGAGGCGCGUCUCGGACAUAUGCGCUGCCUGGAGGCGCUCGGCGAUUGGUCCGAGCUGAGCACCAGAUGCAAAGAGGAAUGGCCCAAUUUUAGCACGGAGGCCAAAUCACGCGCCAGUCCCUUGGCUGCCGUUGCCGCCUGGGGUCUAAAGGAUUGGGAUGGCAUGCAGGAAUAUGUACGCUGCAUACCCGUGGACACACAGGACGGCAGCUUCUAUCGUGCUGUGCUCGCCGUGCAUCACGAUGACUUUGAGACGGCCCAGCGUCUAAUUGACGAGACCCGCGAUCUGCUGGACACCGAGCUGACCUCCAUGGCCGGCGAGUCGUACGAGCGUGCCUAUGGCGCCAUGGUCUGCGUUCAAAUGCUGGCCGAACUGGAGGAGGUUAUACAGUACAAGCUGAUACCAGAACGACGCGAACCGCUCAAGGCCAUGUGGUGGAAGCGUCUGCAGGGCGGACAGCGUUUAGUUGAGGAUUGGCGUCGCAUUAUCCAGGUGCACUCGCUGGUAGUAAAGCCACAUGAGUAUAUACACACCUGGCUAAAGUAUGCCAGUUUGUGCCGCAAGAGCGGCUCCCUGUACUUGUCGCACAAGACGCUGGUCAUGCUGCUGGGCACUGACCCAGCGCUGGCGCCCGAUGAGCCGCUGCCGUGUAACCAGCCACAGGUCACCUAUGCCUACACCAAAUAUCUGGCCGCCUCCUCACAGCCGCAGCUGGCGUACAAGCAGCUGCGGGACUUCGUCAACACGUACAGCACGCAGCUGAGCUGCCUGCCGUCGGAGGCACUGAAGCAGCAGGAUCAGCGUCUGAUGGCGCGCUGCUAUUUGCGGUUGGCCACUUGGCAGAACAAAUUGCACGAGAGCAGACCCAAUCCGGAUGCUAUGCAGGGCGCUCUGGAGUGCUUCGAGAAGGCCACCAACUAUGAUCCCAACUGGUACAAGGCGUGGCAUCUGUGGGCCUACAUGAACUUCAAGGUGGUGCAAUCCCAAAAGCAGGUACUGGAAAAUCAACGCCAGCAAUCGCCGGCAUCCAUGGGCCUGGGCCUGGGCCUGGACAGCGAGCAUCUGAUAAUACAACAGUAUGCUGUGCCUGCGGUACAGGGCUUCUUCCGUUCCAUUAGCCUAAUCCGUGGCAAUUCGCUGCAGGAUACGCUGCGUCUGUUGACGCUCUGGUUCGACUAUGGACACCAUGCGGAGGUCUAUGAGGCGUUGUUCUCGGGCAUGAAAAUGAUUGAGAUUAACACCUGGCUGCAGGUGAUACCACAGCUAAUUGCCCGCAUCGAUACGCAUCGUAAGCUGGUGGGUCAGCUAAUCCAUCAGCUGCUCAUGGACAUUGGCAAGAAUCAUCCGCAGGCGCUCGUCUAUCCAUUGACCGUAGCCUCCAAGUCCGCAUCGCUGGCGCGCAAAAAUGCCGCCUUCAAGAUACUCGACUCGAUGCGCAAGCACUCGCCCACGCUGGUCGAGCAGGCGGUCAUGUGCAGCGAGGAGCUGAUACGCGUGGCCAUACUCUGGCAUGAGCAAUGGCACGAGGGCCUAGAGGAGGCUUCACGCCUCUACUUUGGGGAUCGUAAUGUCAAGGGCAUGUUCGAGAUUCUGGAGCCGUUGCACGCCAUGCUGGACCGCGGCCCACAGACGCUCAAGGAGACCUCCUUCUCGCAGGCCUACGGCCGUGAGCUGACCGAGGCGUAUGAGUGGACGCAGCGCUAUAAGACGUCGGCUGUGCUCAUGGAUUUGGAUCGUGCCUGGGAUAUUUACUAUCAUGUGUUCCAAAAGAUAUCGCGCCAGCUGCCGCAACUGACAUCGCUGGAGCUGCCUUAUGUGUCGCCCAAGUUGAUGACCUGCAAGAAUCUGGAACUGGCCGUGCCGGGCUCCUAUAAUCCCGGCCAGGAGCUAAUACGCAUCAAUCACAUCAAGACCAAUCUGCAGGUGAUCACGUCCAAGCAGCGACCGCGCAAACUAUGCAUACGUGGCUCCAACGGCAAGGACUAUAUGUACUUGUUGAAGGGUCACGAGGAUCUGAGGCAGGAUGAGCGCGUCAUGCAGCUCUUCUCGCUGGUCAAUACUCUCCUGCUCGACGAUCCCGACACGUUCCGUCGCAAUCUGGCCAUCCAGCGCUAUGCCGUCAUACCGCUAAGCACCAACUCCGGACUGAUUGGCUGGGUGCCCCACUGUGAUACGCUGCACACGCUCAUCCGGGACUAUCGCGAAAAGAAGAAGGUGCCGCUCAAUCAGGAGCAUCGCACAAUGCUGAACUAUGCGCCCGACUAUGAUCAUCUGACGCUAAUGCAAAAGGUGGAGGUGUUCGAAUAUGCUCUGGGCCAGACCCAGGGCGAUGAUCUGGCCAAAUUGUUGUGGCUGAAGUCGCCCUCGUCGGAGCUGUGGUUCGAGCGGCGCAACAAUUACACACGCUCACUGGCGGUCAUGUCCAUGGUGGGCUAUAUACUCGGCCUGGGUGAUCGUCACCCCUCAAAUCUGAUGUUGGAUCGAAUGAGUGGCAAGAUACUGCAUAUUGAUUUUGGCGAUUGCUUCGAGGUGGCGAUGACGCGUGAAAAGUUUCCCGAAAAGAUACCCUUCCGGCUGACACGAAUGCUCAUCAAGGCCAUGGAGGUCACCGGCAUUGAGGGCACCUAUCGGCGCACCUGCGAGAGCGUUAUGCUGGUGCUGCGUCGCAACAAGGACUCGCUAAUGGCCGUACUGGAAGCAUUCGUGUACGAUCCGCUGCUCAAUUGGCGUCUGCUCGAUGUGGACAAGAAGGCCAACGAUACAACAGCAACAACUGCUGCAGGUGCCAGCGGCGGCAGUCCAAGCAACUCCAUUGAGCAGGAGUCACUGCUGCAGGGCAAUCCCUUAGCCAAGUCCAAGACCUACGAGGCACAACAGCUGCAUGUGGGCUACACCAAUGUGGCGGAUGUGACCAACAGCAAGGCCAGCAUGGUUAUACAGCGUGUCAAUCGGAAGCUAACCGGCACAGAUUUCCAAAUGACCGAGAUGACGGAGCAGCAACAGGUGGAGCUGCUCAUACAGCAAGCGACGAACAAUGAGAACCUCUGCCAGUGUUAUAUUGGCUGGUGUCCCUUCUGGUAAUGACCCACCUGCCACCAGC